AUGAAGUCCCACCUAGCAGCGACGUGGUUUUUCGGAGCGAGCUUUGUCAGUUGCCAGACACCCGACCUUGCUCUACGCUUCAUAACCUACAACAUCCGCUGGGCCACCCCAGACCCAGGAACCAACGAAGCCCCCUGGUCCACCCGCCGACCUCACCUCUUCUCCCAGCUCAACUACGAGACCGCAGCCCGGCCCGAGUCCCUGGUCUGCAUGCAAGAAGUUGUCGAAGAACAACUCCUCGACAUCGCCCAAGACCUCGGCCCAGCCUGGUCCCAUGUCGGCGUGGGCCGAGACGAUGGCGUCGCUGCCGGGGAGUUCUCCCCGAUCUACUACCAGCCGGGCACCUGGACCCUCGCGGAGAACCGAACAUAUUGGUUGAGCGAGACGCCUGAUGUUCCCGGGUCCAAGGGCUGGGAUGCCGCGCUCCCGCGCAUCGUGACUGUCGCGUCGUUCCGACAUGUAGACAGUGGAGUGCCGCUGGUGUAUAUGUGCACGCACUUUGACCACGUGGGCCAGGUUGCAAGAGAACGUAGCGCAGAGCUUUUGGUCAGCCUGGCGAAAGAGUGGGAGAACUCGACAGAAGGGGUUGUGCCGGUGUUUCUGGGCGGCGACUUGAACAUUGAGCCGGAUAACGCGGCAUAUCAGACCUUAAUUGCGGACGGGAACUUGCACGAUAUCAGGGAUGUGGUUCCCGAGUCUAGGAGAGUGGGAUUUUCGAAGACGUAUACUGCUUUCACGGACGACACGUCGGAUGAUACGUUUCUUGAUCACCUGUUUGUGCGGGAUCCGGCGGUUAGAGGGAUGGACUUCUUAACUCAUGCGGUUCUGCCGAAUCACUUUGAUGAUGGCGUGUAUAUAUCAGAUCAUCGACCUGUUGUCGCAGAUGUUAUGAUUAAUGUGUAG